AUGAAAAGAGUGGAUUCAUUUAGCAACCUUUACAGGAAUGACCAACAACAGAAUAACAACAACAACAAUAACAUCAAUAACAACAAUGCAAUAACAACAAUAGUUGGAUCACCACCAGGUUCAAAUACAAGGCCACUCUUGAGUCCAAGGCUGGGGCAACAACAACCACCACAACAACAACAGCAUAGUCAACAACAUGGUCAUGGUAAUGAUGAGGACGAGUCGUCGACGUUUAUGACAGACACAGGAUCAGAGGUGAUCAAAAGUGCUUUGAUCGUCUCAACAGAGACAGUGUCACCAGAGCACAAACCUUAUACAGUGUACCGCGUCCAGGUGGAGACCAGUCGAACCAUUUACAACAUCAUACGUCGCUACUCUGAGUUUCUCGACUUUGACUUGAAGCUGCAUGCCGCCUACCCACUCAGUCGCCUGCCAUUCCCACCCAAGAAGACAUUCGGCAAGAUGAACAACGAGUUCAUCGAGCAACGCAAGGACCAUCUCCAACAAUUCAUGAAUGCCAUCCUCAACCAUCCCACCCUCAAGCGACUCCCAUUCGAUCCACUCGUCGUCUCAUUCUUUGCACAGAGCAUCAUCGACACCAAGCAGCUGGAGAUUGCUUCGCCACCCAAGCAAAGUAUCCUGGCCAACGAUCAAGUCGUCAGGUACAUAAUAUCGACGCUGCCUUUCUGGUCAACUCAUCUGGACUACCGAUCAUUGUUGGCGCUGACAGAGACAUGUAACUAUUUGAUGAAUACGGUGUCGUAUUAUAGCGACCUCUGGUACAAACACUAUUGGACACAGUACAACACGUUGCACUACAUCGAUACACGUGACUGCUCGUGCGGCGCAGAGCUCAAACUAUAUCUCCAGGAGCGAAUCAAUGGCCUCAAGCGAACGGAUGGCGCUUUGCCCAACCUCUCAUUGAUCAACUCACCUCCGCCCUCUCAGCACAUUGUUGCUGGCGCGGGCACUGUACACACCUUAACAUCACCAACAACAUCCACGACAUCGACAUCGACAACAAAGCGCACUGAACCAAUCAAUACAUCUCCAAGCAUCAACAUCCAACAGCAGCAGCAACAGCAACAACAAAACAAUCCAAGCCAACUGUCAUCAAGCCCACCUACCAUGUCUGAGGCGAUGGAGUACUCGAGACAGAUCUUUCUUCAACUGUUGACCAAUCAUUAUAAUAUGAGGACUUCGAUCGAGUCACAUAGAUCGAUGCGCGACUGCGACUGUUUGGCGCCCAAGUUCAGGGGCACGAUCAUUGGCACAUCGGACAUCACUGGCACAUUCCUAAAGUCCUUUCACACCGAGUUCAUGAGCCAACACAAUGCAUCCCGAGUGUCAUCGAUCAGCCGCAACCCAUCACUCCUCUCACUGAGCUCAGUUGCCGCUGAGCAGCAACAACAACAACAACAACCAGAUCCUGCCACUGCAAACCAGUUAACAUCGUUCAACAGCUCGAGCGACUUCUCUCUGAUGCUCUCCUCGUCAGUGUCAUCGACAACAUCGACUGAGAGCAAUGACAAUGAGACGCCAGCCAACGCACCAGUCGUAUCACACAUUGUAUCGAAUGGACGCAUGAUGUGUGUGAGCACGUCAGACUCGACAGGCCUAUCCAACGAGGAGCGCAGGUACAAUCUGUCUUUGUGCCACUUUGUCCUGAUCGCAUUCUCAUUGAUUGAUGUCAAGUCGUUCGAAUCGAUUGGCGAGUGGGUCGAGGAGAUCAAGCUGAUGUGUCCCGAGGUUCCCACGAUCUUGGUUGGACUGAAGCGUGACCUUCGCGAGUCGUCCGACCUCAAGCAGACCAUCUCUUAUCAGCAGGGCCUCGAGCAGAGUCGCCGCAUCGCCAACUGCGUAGGAUACAUCGAGUCGCCAAGUGCCAGCGAUGGCAUUGGCGGAUGGCGCCUGUCACUUCUAUCCGAGUUGUCAUCCUACCUCGUGGUGCACUUCCGCAACGUCUUUGUGCAAAACACAAACAAACGCGCCAACUACACGGUCAAGUGCAGCUUCCUGGCAAAGAUCUUCCCCAAGUACCCCGACGAGCUCAUCAUGAAGGGACUUUCCAGCUACGAUGGCGAUGUCGAGAAAGCCAUGGAGUUGCUGGCCGUCGACUAUAGCAAUUAUGACGCGAGCAACGAUCGCAACAAAAGACGACCCAUGGGACAACACAACCGCAGUCAGAGCGUCGAUACAAAGGCCAACGGAGGCCACUGGGUGUCGCCCAAUUGGGUGGCCGACGAUGGCCGUCCCAACUCACCACCCCAGGGCCACACCAAGCCGCUCAAGAUAUCAGACAGCCAGAUCAUCUCGCUCGUGGACAAGCUGAAGAAGAACAGUGUGGACGCAUUCAUACGUGGCUUCUUGAAGAAGAAGAGCCAGACACAGGAGCAGCAGGCCGAGAUGGUGCUGUCCUUCCUCAGGGAGAUGCGCACACAGCUGCAGGCCAGCCAGAUGUUUGGCGCGCACGUUGCCACACUGGAUCACGACGAGGAGGAGGACUUGAUCACUCUGCCGCUGAACGAGAUUGAGAACUACCUCUAUCAGAACAUCUACAAGGCAGUCUUCUCGACGCAGGAUUCACUGGAGAAGGAUGUGUUGCUGUCGGAUCGCAUGGGCAAGCUGGUGUUUGUCGAGCCCCAACAUCUAGAGAUCAAUGAGAUUCAUUGGAACAAGGACCUCUGGUUGGCCGCUCAGAGGGAGCUACAUUCCGUCAACGACCUAUAUUCGCCAUCUCAGAAGUUGGAGUUUUUGUUGUCCAACUCUGAAAGUCCAGGCGGAGCCGAUGACUUCCUGCCCCAUCUCAUUUAUGUAGUAAUCCAUGCCAACAUACCUAACCUAUUCUCCAACUUUGACUUCAUAUCCAAGUUUUGUAAUACUGAACGAUUGAAAAUGGAGAGAUACUAUUACUUUACAACAUUUGGUAUUGCAGUUACAUUCAUAGAGAAUAUCAAUGGAAAGCAUUUGAAGAUUGAUAUCAAUGAGUACGAUGCUUAUAUGACAGGUGGCAAGAAAUACGUGCCAAGGACAGAGACCGACAAGAGGUUGAACGACGAGUUCUUUGAAGCGACACGCGCAAAGAUCAUGGAGAAGCUUGGCAUUGAUAAGUCUGCAACGACACUACCAAUCACCUCACCAAAGAAGAAGGCAUUGGAUGGAAGCAAUCUGGACGACAUUGACAUAAUGAUUGAGAAGCGGUCCGAGUCCACCAGUGCUGCCAAUCAAUCAGGUUCCAACCCAUUCAACUACUCGACUUUGAACGAUGCUCCUCUGCUGCCACCAAUUCAAUGGACGAUACCACCAAGUGAGAACAAGAGAAGUAGUGUACGCGUUGGAUUCAUCAGGACACCUUCGCCACCCGAUUCCAAAUCACUUCAAGUGGACGAGCAUCCUCUGGCGCUGUCCAACAGCAGUGGCAACAACACAUCGCCCCCUCCUUCCAAACGAUCUACUGUACUACCUCAACCACAACAGCAUCAGCAGCAUCAACAGACUGUGGACAACAACAACAACAACAAUCGCAAUGUGUAA